GAUUUAAUGGAAGAGCUUCAGCGUAUUUACAAUGACUUGGAAGACGAUAAUGAGAUUAUCAUUAUAGAGAAAUACAGAAGAAAUGCAAAAUAUUAUACGGUAUUAUUGACAAUACUUAUUGUUUGCAGUAUAUUUAUUCUCGCUGAUGUCCAAAUGUGGCCGGACAUUUUGCAAAUUAUUUCAUCCACAAACGCAUCUCGACAACGUCAUUUGCAUAUCUUGACUGAAUAUUUUGUAGAUGAAAAAAAAUAUUUUUAUUAUCUGCUACUACAUAUAAAUGCGGCUACUUGCAUAGGGUUUGUUGUAUGGGUAGCGACAGGGUCAAUGUUCAUUGCAUAUUUUCAAUAUAUAUGCGCAAUGUUUACAAUUGCUAGUUAUCGUAUCAAGAAUGCAAUAAAGAUUCAAAUAUCGCAAAACAUUAUUGUGCAGAACAAAAAUUUGGCUCAUAAUCGCAUAAAAUGUGCCGUAGAUAUUCAUCGAAAAGCUAUGGAGUUGUGCACAAAUCUAAUAUCUAAAUUUGAGAUAUCAUUCUUCUUUUUAAUAAUAUUUGGAGUGAUGACUUUAAGCCUGAACAUUUUUCGAAUUUUUCAGAUUGCAUCAUCAACAGGUAAUGCUGACGAACUCUCAAUAUCCAUUAUAGCUGGAUUUCUUAGUCUUUUAUAUAUGUUCAUAGCAAACCUAGUUGGACAAGAAAUUACAGAUCAUUAUAAUUAUAUAUAUGUUACUGCAUAUAAAAUUCGAUGGUAUAUUGCUCCGCUAGAGAUAGAAAAGCUGAUACUGAUUCUGAUGCAGAGAAGCAACAAGACUUUUGGUCUGAAUAUUAGUGGAUUAUUUAUAGCAUCCACAGAAUGUUUUACCACGCUAGCAAACGCAUCUUUAUCCUAUUUUACAGUCAUGUAUUCUAUACGAUAA